CGGCGUCCCCCGCGGCCCGGAAGUUCUCCCGCCGGCAAGAUGGCGGCUGCAGGGGUUCUGCUGCGGGCCCUGCGCCGCCUGUGUCGCGUGCUGCUGUUCCUCUCGCAGUUCUACAUCCUCUCGGGCGGCGGGUCCUUCAGUGUAGAGCCUUCGCAGCCGCUGGCUCAGUCCGACAAGGAUCCGGGCCCCACACGUACGUUCACAGUAGUGCCCAGGGCAGCAGAAAGCACCGAUAUCCCACCUUAUAUGAUGAAGUGUCCAAGCAAUGGUUUGUGUAGCAGACUUCCCGCAGACUGUAUAGAGUGCAAGACCAAUUUCUCCUGUGUCUAUGGGAAGCCUGUCACUUUUGACUGCACAGUCAAACCUUCUGUUACCUGUGUUGAUCAAGACUUCAAAUCCCGAAAGAGCUUUGUCCUCAACAUGACUUGCAGGUUCUGCUGGCAGCUUCCAGAAACCGACUACGAGUGCUCCAGCUCCACCAGCUGCAUGGCGGUGUCCUGCCCGCGGCAGCGCUACACGGCCAACUGCACCGUGCGGGACCAUGUCCACUGCCUCGGUAACCGUACUUUUCCGAAAAUGCUGUACUGCAACUGGACUGGCGGUUAUAAGUGGUCUACUGCUCUGGCUCUGAGUAGUGUGAUGAUUCUGGCCUGAAACAGACCCUUUCCUGUAUCCUUCAGAGGGAACCCACCCUGCUGGCACCUUGAACUUGGAUGUCCAGCUUCCAGACCUGUGAGAAAAAUACAUUUCUUCUGCUGAAGCUGCCCCAUGUAGGGUAUUUGGUUACCUGAGAUAUGCAGUGUAGACUGCUUCACAGUCACAGGCGAGCUUCCUCUGAGGCCCGGCCAGCGUCCUCCCACUGCGCCUCUCUGACAGAGGGAGGGGCACUGGCUUGGGACCUUCCCUCGGCUGAGCCCCCUGCCCGCCUUCAAGUAUGGUCCUCACCCCCCUCUGUCAGCUGGGAGGCCGAGGCGCAGAGAGGCUCAGACCUGGGGAUGCUGCGCCCCCGGGAGCUGGGGGUGUGGCUCUUCCUCCCGGUUUGCCCCUGCCCGCCCCCUUCCCCCCCGUCCUAAGCCCAGCACCCUUCCCCAUCUCUU